UAAAAAAAAGUUCGCGCUCUUUUUCUCUCUGUUUAUCUCAAUGUUUUUGUAAUAUUUUGUAAUUGAUUUGUGUGUUAAAAAAAUGGCUCAAUAUUCCGAUAUUUACCUGGAGAUGUGGCGCACACUCUUCGACACACUAACCAAGCCCCUGGAGAAGCGUGCCGAUAAUGAACUUCGAGCAAUUUUCGGGAUGAUCCGUGAUCGGCUGGUGUUUGAGUGUCCCGGCUUCUUUCCAAAGGAAAUCCUGGAUGCAGCGGAGAAGGAUCGCGUGGAAGCUUGCAAUUUUUGGCUAAUCCAGAAGCUCUUCCACCUCCUGGUUGAGGAACAGUAUUCACGCUUUGACGACGACAUCCUGGGAUUAUUGAGAGAUUUUCUUGCUGGAUGCAUUGUAAAGCAACGAUGGUUGUUCACAAAGAUCGUCAGGAAGUACGUGGAGAUUGUCAGGGGUUUAAUCUCCCUGAAAGAUCAGGAAAAACUUGAGAUUGACCACUUCAAUACAUCCCGUUUCGAUCUGACCACAAUUGAUCCCAAUAUGCAAUGUACUUCUGUGAUUGUCCCCGCUGGGAGUAUUGCCAGGAAAAUUCUGGAUACCAUAGUACAAAUCCUUGCCAGUAUUUUGUGUGUCAUUGGUCAGACAGACCCCAAACUCAUUCAGGAAGCAUCUGAGAGUGUCUACGAAGUCCUCGAUCGGGGGCACUUGGCUUCGAAGUUGCGUGCUUUUGAGUACUUCAAGGAAGUCUUCCGGAAUGCUGCUUCUCCUCUGAGUACCAGCUUGAAAGCUCAGCAACUGGGACUUCUUAUUGCCAUUGAAGCCGUCCUGAGAAAUCUUGCUUUCUGGCUCAGCAUGGAGAAGUUCAUGACGCUUCAUUUGCAAAGUAUCCAGCAAACUCUCCCAGAAAUCUGCGAGGCAUUCAAGGAACUCGUUCAGGCAGCUACAAAGCAGGACUGUGAGAUCCUCUUGAAAGCUGUCUUGCCUAUAAUCGGGACUCUUCACACGAUGCAUGAAGUUCUUUUUGAUAAACUCCGCCCUGUGUCGACGGCAUUUAUCACCUAUGGGGCAGAAUUGAUCACUCAUGCUUCUCUGGAGUUGGAGGAGAAAACCAAGAAGGAGAUAUUGACCAUCAUUCCCCAAAACAUGGAAGCACUGAAGCUGCUGGAAGUUGCAAUUGCGCAGGAAGUUGAAAAGAAUCCAGAAGGAGACAGUAUUCAGGCAAAAAGCAAGACGUGGCAGGAGAUCUCAUCUCUCUUGCGGAAGAAGACUCCUGAAAAGGAGAAUUUUUAUUCAUUUUUGCUCCUCUUUGGCGAAGUUAUUCGAAUGGGUGGGAGAAUAUCGCGCAAAACCUCCACAAAAUGCUUUGGGAGCGAAAUCAAUGAGAUGAUCGUGUUGCUGUGGAAGGCAGUUGAAUGGUCCGUUGAAUUUGACUUCCAGGACGUUAAUUUGCUCCUGCUCAUUGCCCAGGAAUUUACAUUCCUUACGGACUUUAAGAAUUCCACAGAAGUACGUCAGGCUUUCAUCCUGGAACUCAUUCUCUGUCCUCUGAGUAAGAUCACACGGCGUGAGUGGAAGAAUCUACCCAAGAAUAUUGCAAAUGUCAUAUCCUCGAAGCAAUCUGUGCCAAAAGACCAGCUGGAAGUGGAAUUUAUCAGCCUGAGAACCCUCUUCUCCAUGCAGGAGGGAAAUGUUUCGCCAAAAAUUCUGCUGGAAGUCAAAAAUGUUCUCCUGGAAAUCCUCCAGCAGCACCAGAGUCUCAAUUUUGACUCCCAAGUGUGCCUCUUCCCGCUCAUUGUAACUGCCCUGGCUAAGAAACUCCUGCAAAUGACGGAAGUUUAUAAAAUUUUCUACUCCAAAACGCUGCAGGAAGAAAAAUUUCAUUCAUACAUCUCACAGAGCCUCAUGCACCUGAUCUGUGUCCUUUCCGGCAAUAUCUCACCGGAAAUGUGUGAGAGAGGGAGCUUCAAGUUUACCUGUAAAACUUGCCAAGACUACACAGAAAAUUCUCCCGCUGGAAGCAAUCCAGGAAGUCAGGAACUUCUUGAUCCUUUUCUCAAACUCUUCGUUUCGUCCAAAAAGGAAGUCAUUUUCAAUAUGAUUGAAUGCAUUCGGCCGCUCCUGGCACAUUUUCCACACACUCUUGUGAAUCUUUCUCUCUGGACACCACUCCUGGAGCAAGAAGAUUGCUCAAAUCGAGAGAAAUUCGCCUACACACUGCCCCUGAUCAUCAACAACAUCUUCAAGUUGAUUCCUGAUGAAGAGAAACGUGAGAAAAUCCUCCGGGAAGCUCAAGAAAUUGUCCUGAAGGUCAUUAUACGUGGUGUCCGGAAGAAAGAUACCUUCAAGAAUCAUUAUUCAGUCCUCCUGCUGCUGGAUAAGUUCUCAGAGUGCCCCAAAUUCACGGAAGAUACCUUCAUUCAUUGCUUCAAGAUGGUUUUCUUCUUCAUAAUCAACACAGAAUCCGUCGUAGCGUAUGAAGCAUCAAUCCUGGGACGAGAUAUGUGCAUCCGACGUGGCGUGACGCCCAUGAAUAUGUUCUUCUGGUACAAGGAGGACAUCCUGCGGAUCAUUAUAUCACUCAGUGUGGGAAUUUUCCUGAGGAACAACGUUGGACUCUAUAAUUCCCUCACACAUACUGCAAAAUUCCUGGGAUACACCGCUGCUAGGGAAUUCAUAACGAGUCACUAUAAAAUCAUCCUGGCCAUGCUACUUCCGUGGAUCAUUAAGUACCAUCAAUGCGAGAAACUUCUGGAGGAUGUUUGUGAGCACACUGGCCAGGAAUUGAGUGAUGCUCUCAGUGAAUCAUUCGUGACAAUCUACAGCUACCUCUUCCUGAAUCAAUCGCCAGAGAUCAACAACAAGUGCAUUGACUAUGUGAUGAAGAACACGAGUCAGACACUCUACUGCCUCCUUCACACGGAUAUCAAGAAAACAAUUCCGGAAGUGCUGCAGUACUACCACAAGAAUCCCCAAUUCGUCAUGCACGCCUUCCAGAAUCUUCUCUCGAAGAAUGAGGUGACCCUCGAAGGUGUAGCAACCUACAUAUCCUCACGCUUCCUCGGCAUCCUCACGUACUUUGAGAAUCUCAUCAUAAAUCGAGACAUGGAGAAGGCUCUCAAGAGGGAAGCUCUCCUCAGUCUCGGGGACAUUGUGCGCUUCAUGGGACCCCAACAUAUCACGCCGUAUCGCUUCAAAGUCCUCACUGUGCUCAAGACAGCCCUCACAGUGGACGACAUCAGUCUGAAGAAGAUCAUGGCGAGUGUGUGGACUAUUUUCCUGCACACAGUGGACGUUCAAUGCCUUGGACCAUUGCUGAGCACAAUUGUCGUAUCCCUGGAGCCUCUACUGGAGCAUUUACCUGAACAAGUAGGAGAGAUCUUUCACUACCUCAUCGUGGAGAACAGGAAUUUACUGAAUUCCCACUUUGGGGAUCUCUUUUUCAUUGAAAAUACAAAACUUGAGGACUCCAUAAAAGCCAUUGUAAGCUCUCAAGUAUCCCAAGGUAAGGCUACACGCCAUAAUUUCCGGGAAAAAUUUGAAAAUUUCCGUACGCACAUCAAUCAUGAGAAUCUUGGGGUCAAAACGUACGGUCUCAUCUUCUUGAGGAGCUUCUUUGGUGAAAAUCGCACUGAUCUCAAUAGGAUGGUGUUCGAUCAGGUGGGAAUUGAUGCGAUUCUCGUGGGUUGCCUGGAGACAAUCAUGCAGGGAUGCCGGCAUGUAGAUGAAAAUCUCCAAGUGGCAGCAGGAAUGUGCCUUGGGGAGUUGGGAGCCCUCGAACCGAGUCAUUUACCCCCGAAUUAUGCGCCACAGAAGACUUAUGCGCUCUCAAUUCAUUCAGAUGAAUUUGCCAUCAUGGCCCUGGCGGAGUUGUGUCGUGCUUAUCAAUUGCAGAAGAACUCCCGCUAUGUUGAUAGUUUGUCUCUGGCCAUUCAGGAGAUUCUCAAUGCACGCGGUGUGGCUCCGGAUGAGGGGAAGAAGUUGACGGUUUGGCAUGCAAUCCCGGAGAGGAUGCGUCAGCUAAUGCAGCCCCUGCUCACCUCAUGCUACACGGCGAUCAUCCCAAAUACAAAUACGCAAAUUCAUCCGGUUUUCGGGAGCUCUAAAUGCCAUUCACUGGAGGAAUGGACAUUCAUUUGGGCCUCAAAUAUGAUUCAGCAUAUUCAGGAUAAUUCCACAAAGCAUAUCCUCAAUUCUUUCCGGCCAAGUAUUAAGCAUGACAUGCAGGCUCUAUCGAUGUUCCUUCCCUACGUUAUCCUGCACACACUGCAAUCGUGCAAGGAUGAGUAUCGCACGAAGAUUGCUGAAGAAUUCAAGCAGGUUUUUGCAACGGCAGCCAGCAUGAAUGGGGCAAUGGACGUGCCGAAGAUUGUGAAGCGUUGCCGGGGGAUUCGAUCAAUUGGCUUCAUGCCAUCCAGUACAACGGAUGAGCAGGAAACGAAGGAGGAAGUGCAACAGAAAUGCGCCAAAAUGGCAUUCAAUCAGUUGGAUUUCAUUGAGAUUUGGCUACAGCAGUACCACACUGUGUAUGAGAACCCCACAAAUAAUGCCCAAUACAUGCUGGUGCGUGGAUUCAUUGAUCAAUUCGACAGAAAGAUCCUAGCCACGGGGAAUUUCAAUGUGGGCGAAUAUGCGCGUUCUCUGCAGUACAUGGAGGAGUAUUUGUUGAAGCAUCCGGCCAAAUUGCAAGAAGAAUUGGGAUUCCUGGCUAAAAUCCAUGCAGAAUUGAUGGAUCCGGACAGCGUUGAGGGCGCAAUGAGGCUGAUGAAUCAAAGUCUUCCACUUCCGGAGCAAAUUGUGCUGAAUUCAAUCACAGGGAGAUUGUCAGAGUCAGCAGUUUGCUUCGAGAAGCUAAUGCAGGAAGGGAAUAUUACGCCAUCACUCACAAAUAGCCUUGUCCAGUACUACCUGGCACUGGAUCAACCCGAAACGGCUCUGCUUGUUUCCGAGGGCUUGCUCAAUCAAUUCCAAGACUACAAUGUGGAUAAAUUGACGCUGGAACUGCGUGCUGAACCCCUCUGGCAGAUGGGACGUUUUGAGGAUCUCGAUGAUUUGAUAAAGAAUUCCCAGCUGGAGGACAGCGAUGGAUGGGGUGUUCGCUGUGGGUCCCUCCUGCUCUCAUACCAACGAGAUGAUCACGAUAAUUUUGCCAGUGAGAUGCAAAGGGCACGUCUUAGUAUCCUCAAAUCACUGAGAAGUGCAGAAAUUGAGCAGAAUACCUACCAGAAGGGAUACUCAGAUGUGCUAAAGCUCCAUAUGGUCACAGAGAUUGAGAAAGCUUUUGAGAUGAUGCAAAAAAUCACGGAGAAUUCAUCUGAGGAGCAAGUAAAGCACGCAAUGAAGAGAUUCUUCAGUGAUUGGGAUGCAAGACUGCAACUACUGCAGCCUUCAACGCGUACAAUGGAGCCCCUUCUUCGUCUCCGGAGGGUUCUUCUUAUGCAGGGGAAAACAAUGGCACUGCAGCACUGCAAACGGAAUCCUCUCGUGAAGCGUCUCGUGGAGACAAAGAUGACCAAUGAAUUGGGUAAGAUGUGGCUAAAGAGUGCUGAAUUAGCACGCAAGGAAGGGCUUCAUCAGCAGGCACAGCUCUAUCUGCUCAAUUUGGAGACAUUUCAAAUGAAAGAUUUAUUCUUGGAACGUGCAAAAUUCCUCUGGGCACGUGGAGAUCACGCCAGUACAUUUCAAACACUCGAGAGAGGAUUGGAGGAUCUCCUGAAGGCAGCACGGGUGGAUAGUGCUCAGAGUUUGCCACAAAAUGACAGAAUUCUCUACGCUGAAGGGAAAUUCCUCAUAGCAACGUUCAAUGCUGAAUCAAUGAACAUUCAAACGGAUCUCAACAUAAAUUACUUCCGGGAAGCAAUUGCAGCGCUAGCGAGUUGUGAAAAGAGUCACGUUCACUAUGCCCAAUUCCUCGAUAAGCUCUACAAUGCCCUUCCGGAGGAGCAGCAGAUUGCUGCAAAAGGGACGGAAUUGCUCAAAGAAAUUAUGCUUUCAUAUGGGAAAUCUCUGCAGUUUGGCUGCAAUUAUCUCUACCAAUCCAUGCCACGACUUCUCAGUAUCUGGCUAGACUACGCAGCCCUUCCAGCUGGGUGUGAUAAACGCGUCUCCCGGCACAUGACGGAUUUAGCUCUGCGCUUAUCCAACACUCUUCCCUCGUACAUGUUCUUCAUUGCUUUCUCCCAACUUGUAAGCCGAAUUUGUCAUCCUGCCCAGGAAGUUUAUCAAGUUCUGAAGACAAUUCUCAUUAAACUCAUCGUGGAUUACCCGCAGCAAUCUCUCUGGAUGAUCUUGAGUGUUCUCAAGUCUUCCUAUGCAAGUCGCAGCAAGAGAUGCAUUGAAAUGCUAAAUGAUCAACGACUAAAAGAUCAGGAAAUGCAGGUUCUCAUCAAUAAUUUCAAUCGUCUAGCUGAGAAGCUCAUUGAGUUGACGAACAAAAACAUCCCGAAUCACGUACGGGAUCCAAAGGUUUCGAAUCUUGUGCCACAGCUGCCGCAACUCUUCAAGAAUCCCACCUUCUCGCAAAUUGUCAUCCCAGCGCAGAAGUUUAUGCAACCAGAACUCCCGACUGCAAGUGAAAGGAAUGCCGCUACAACUGCCCACAAUGCCUUCCCGCGUCAAAUGUUCUACAUUCGGAGCAUAAAGAAUGACAUUGUUAUCCUGCGAUCGCUGCAGCGUCCCCGGAAGGUGGUCUUUGUGGCAAAUGAUGGGCUAGAGUACAGUGUUCUGAUGAAGCCAAAAGAUGAUCUUCGAAAGGAUUUCCGUCUCAUGGAAUUCAAUGCAGUUGUAAAGCAAUAUUUGCGUCAGGAUCCGGAUGCAAGGCAGCGCAGGUUGCACAUUCGAACCUACUCCGUUCUGCCACUGAAUGAGGAGUGUGGCAUCAUUGAGUGGGUGUCCAAUCUCACAACUCUCCGAAGCAUCGUGCUCACGCUGUACAGACGUCAUGGCAUGUACACGGAUAUGAAUGAUAUAAAGAAGAUCGAAAUGGCGCGCGAGAGGGAAGGAAAGUCUGGGAAAAAGGAUAUUUUCGUCAAUAUUCUCUGCAAGAGGCAUCCACCCAUUCUCGGCGAAUGGUUCCGCACAACCUUCACGACUCCCUUCAAUUGGUACCAAGCACGAAGUUCCUACAUUCGCACCACAGCCGUUAUGUCCAUUGUGGGCUACAUUCUGGGGCUGGGAGAUCGCCAUGGGGAGAACAUUCUCUUUGAUCACACAAACGGCGAUACGGUGCACGUGGACUUUAACUGUUUGUUCAACAAGGGGGAGUCGCUCGGGGUGCCGGAAGUUGUACCAUUCCGUCUCACGCACAACAUGGUACACGCAAUGGGUCCCUUGGGCGUUGAGGGACUCUUCCGGAAGUGCUGCGAAGUAACACUGCACGUCCUCCAAGCACAAACAUCCACACUCAUGUCCGUCCUCAGGCCAUUCGUCUACGAUCCCCUUGUUUCGUGGAAUAAAAAGGAAAAGGAACGUGUGGACAGCACGAGAGAACGCACAGACCCGCAAGCUCUCACCAAUCUCAAUCACAUCGAAGAGAGGCUCAAGGGCUAUGUAAAAAUCAACGGAAAACGCGUCAAGAUUCCUUUGUCGACAGAGGGUCAGGUGAAUUUUGUCAUUAAAGAAGCCACAGACGUUGAAAAUCUCUCAGCAAUGUACAUCGGAUGGGGAGCCUACAUGUAGCUUACAGUGGAAGGAAGUCACAACCACGAGCUUUUGUUCCAAAUAGAGAUUUCGUUUUAUUUCUACACUCUUUGUUGUUUUGCAAACCUUCAUUACAAAUCCACGUUUUAAUCUCUCUAAAAAAUAUUUAACAAAUAAUAAUGUUUUUUAUCAUUAUAAAAUAACAACAAAAAAACCCAAUCACGUGAAUUUUCAAUUCAUUUCGCUAAAAUAAAAUGAUUUUUUUUAUUCUCU